GCCCAUGACAUCACAGAGGAACCAGCAGCACAAAUGCCUGGAUUGCACCACCUGGGCAGCACUGCUGUGGCUGCACACCUGCAACCACUAGCACCUACCCCAAGGGGCUGGGUCAGCUGCAGGCUGCACGAUGGGGAUAGUGCACCUGUGGAAGUGUCUGGGGUCCCUCUAGGACAUGUUUGUCGAAAAGGUGCUGCAGAGACUUUUUCCUGAUGCUCCAAGUGGCCAAGAGAAGAGGGAGCUGCAGACUCUUCCUGCCCCUAACCCACCAAGGGAUGUGUCCCAUGAGGACAUGAGCACCCAGCCUGUGCAGCCUCCAACAGACAGGGACACCAAGGUCCUGUCUGGGAGGCGGAUCUACACCGUAAGUCUCCCUCCAGAGGGAUACAUUCCCUGCGCGCCAGAGCUGGACAGCUGUACGAACUCUGAGAACAUCUCCAGAAGUGAUGAUUCGGAAGAUCAGGAUCUUCUUGAUCAACCAAAGAGAAGAAGAGUCAGAAAGCGUAAGUCAAAGAAAAGCCCCAGCGGCAUUCAUGGGGAACGGGCAGAAUCAGAGAAACAGCAGAGUCUUUCGCAAGAAAAAUCACAGCCACUGCAUGCAGAUGGCCCCACAAUAAGCAAAAAUAAAAAAAGGAAACUCAAGAAGAAGCAGCAGAUUAAAAGGAAGAGAGCAGCUGGCUCAGCAGCAAAGGCCUCUGGCGUCAGGUUCACGUACCAGCCUGAGGGCGGUGGCAGCGACCUGGACUCGGGAGACACUGCCAGGGAGGAAGUUGCAGGCACCCAGGAGGGAGGCGUCGCUGACACCAGCGAGGAGGACGUCACAGAUGCCAGCGAGGAGGACGUUGAAAUCACCAGCAAAAAGACAGACAGUCUCCUAAAUUUUUUGAAGUCAACACAAGAAAUUUAUUUUUAUGAUGGUGUCUCCAAAGAUCCGGAUUCAGCUGUACGUGUGGAAACCUCAGAGGAGCUUCUCAAUCACCUUGCAAGCUGCGGCCUGCCGCCCUCGGAUGUGUUCAUCCUCGACCACAUGAAGGCACUGUUGCAUCUGCAGGACACUGAGGGACUGAAGCACGCUCUGGAAGUGUUCCCUGAGCACUGCACAUUGCCUCCUGACCAUGCCAGAGUAAUCUCAGCUUUCUUUAAUUACUGGAUCACAAAUGUCCUUCCUGAGAAAGACAGUGAAUAAAAUCAGACUCUCUCUUCAAGAAGAACUAAUAUUUAACAAGAGUAUGUGAAAUACUUUAUGAAAUGGGCUGAGAGUUAAUCCUUACGGACAAAGAAGAUUAAAUUCUCAGUAUUUUCUGAGUGACCCAAAACCUGCGAACUUUGAAGACAUUUCUGCCAUAUUAUUUAGUCAUGUGUUUGUACAUAAUGUGUAAGACGUCAUCUGAGGCUUUAAAUGAGAAAUUGGGCAGUCCCUGCUUUUUAGUAUUACUGAGUUUAUAAGCAUCAAUCAGUACAACAUUUUGGGAGGACAUUGGGUCUGUCCAUGGAAAUAACAAUUUUGUUGUGGGACGCUGCUGCUGGGGACACUCCUGUACAUGGUUCUGUGUGGACACUGUCUGCAUCCUUCGUGGGCAUGGACAGCCGGGGCACGCGGGAAUGCAUGGCUGAGGUUGGGGAGUGCGGCUGCCCUAUUGCACGCCCCCCACAGCAGCAGCGCAGCCUGUGUUCCCGCCAGUGCUGGGUAUUCUGGUUUCCUGGAUAUGGUUUCCUGGUGGGCGUGAGGAGGUGUCUCAUGGCAGUCUGGACUUUCACUUCUCCAAAGACCGAGGAUGACGAGCGUUGGCCAGACGUCUAUUCAAGUCACUGCCCGUUUGCGCAGUUUUAAUUUUCCUGAGUCCCUGUGAGAACCUCAGACACUGCAGCCCCCAGGGCCAUCCGCCUGUGGGUCCUCGGUUCUGACCACUGCCCCUGUGUGUCCUCUAAAUGCUCUUCGAGGUCAGCCAACAAGUGUCUCCUGCACUCAUACCCCGUCCCUGCCUGUCCCCGUGCAGGUGCCGGGGGCUCCUUUUCCUGGGGGCUGCUGUGCACACUCGGCCUCGGGGCAGUACCUCUUCCAGGGGAGGAUACCAGAGGGGCUUCCAGGCGAGCAGAGUCUUAUUCCUCAAGAUACCAGAUGGAUGGGAUGGAUGCUCUGUGUGAGACUCGCACCUCAGCCGGGGCUUCAGAGCGUGCUGGCCUCAUCUGCACGCGCAGUCAACCUGCACAGCUGGCACCUGCCCCAGGCCUCACACCCAACUCCCACCACAGGCCUAUGUCCUCCCUGCAGAUACAGCGAAAGCCUAGGGCUGUACGGUCCCGGGAAUAGUGACGACUUCCCCCUCACUACUCCCUAUGGGUCCCUAACAGACAAGGUGGAAUCUUCUGGAAGCAGACUGACACAGAGGAUCUGUUCUGGUGCCAGAAGUGACUCACUCUGGGCCUGGUGGUCCUGCAGUGAUGGCCAAGGUCUCAGCCUGGAUGCCAGGACAGGCCCAGGUGAACCGAGACGGGGACCUGGUCUGUGUCCUUGGGGGCUCACUGUCCUGCCGUCUGUGCCAUCCUGUGAAUAGGAAGUGCCACCACCAUGUGCAGCUUUGAGAGGGUCAGAAAUCCCCCAAGAUCCAUUUACCCACAUGUUGAUUUUCCUCUGGUGCAGAAUUCUGGGGAAAGGCCCUAGCGGGAAGCAGGAACCAAGGCCUUGGAGGAGCCGGCAGCGUCUGCGGAGCUUGUGCUGGGCCCAUGGACGCAGCCACUGACACUCACAGGGCAAGCCCCAUCUGUAUUGCCAGAGAUGGAUUCAGGAGCAGCGGUUUCACACUUGUGAGGAGAAGUUUGGAUUUCCCUACAGAAGCAGCCCUUAGACUCGGAACACUUGGGGCGUUGUGCAUUUAUCUGCUCGUUUAAUAACCAUGUACAAAGCCCUACUCGGUCCCCGGCUCUGGAGAUGCAAGGGAGUAAGGUGCACACCCUUGGGUCUAGGAGGAGGGCAGGAAUGCAGUAGGCGGCAGGAACAACACCACUGGCAGCGCCAGGCAUUGGGAAGGCUGUGUGAGACCAGGUCACCAGCACUGGAGCCUAUCCAGGAAGCAGUAUCCCGGGAAAGGGAUCAGCUCUCAGAAAGUUGGAGGCCCUCCAGACUACUGGGCGUUGGAUGUGUUGGCAACGUGGGGUACUGAGGCAGGCACAGGAGAGCUGGGGCUAAGUGCUCAGGGCAGUUAUGUGGAAAUGUAUCCAACUGCAAGUCUUAGAAAUCCAAAUAGUGUCUUACACAAUUGUGAUUGUUUUUUGGUUUCAAAUAACAAGAAGUUGAGGAAUCGGCAACUGUUUGAGUUGUUUUAGCUCCUGAAUAAUGCCAGAACCCAAACUCGUCAUGCAUUUCUGCUCCUGUCUUUGGCGUGUCGGCGCUUGCUUGACUCUUCGUGGUCACAGAGUGGCUGCUAUACUUCCUGACAUCACAUCUGUGUCCAAGACAAGAACCAUGGGGAGAAGGGGCGAUUCAGGCACAUCCACUGUCUUAUCAGAAACUCCUACUUUCCUUGGUCUCAGGUACCUUUCGCCGUAGUGGGUUCACCGGAUCCUCAUGGCUACAAGGGAGGCCAGAAAAGUGGUAACUAACCGGGUUAGUUCCUUAGACCAGUUAUGAUCCAUUGAGACUGAUUCUCAGCAUGGUGCUGUGCACCCUGUUCAACUGGGGUUUGCUUCAAGAAAGAAAGGAGAUUAGACAUGCGGUGAGACGACACAGCAUGUCUGGCUCCUUGAUGUCCGGCCAGUAAGACCACAGGCCACUGCCCAUUUUAUAGAUGCA